CACCGGCUGCCGUAUGCGACGGACAGAAAUCCCCGUGUGUAUUUGAGAGAGCAGUGAGAUCUGAGAGAAAAUGGUUUUUGCAAAACUGCAAUUCACAGCCUCGCAGCAGCUUCUCCUGCGGGCCUCUGGUGAGGCGGUGGCCUACAUCGCCGCCAAGGGGCCACGCGGGGCCGCCGCUGCUGCGAGGGCCAAGAAGCCGGAGGAGGUGGAGAAGGAGGCACAAGCCCACGUCGUCUCCACGGGCGGUGACCCUGGGAACCACAUGCUGGUGCUGAGCUGCCACAGCAUCCAGUUUGGGAAGUACCAGGGUCAAACGUUCCGUUGGCUCCUGGAGAACGACGUGGGCUACACGGUACAGUUGGUCGCCAGCCGGGAGCGGGAGAAGAGUGCCUCCGACAGCCCCCUUAUGGCCAACAAGGACGCUCUCGCCCAGUACUCGUGCACCCACCCGGAGUUCGCUGAACACAUAAGAUUCCACCGGGCGCACGAGGAGGCCCGGGCUCGUGCCAGUCAGCCCGGGUGUGAGGGCGAGGCCCUUGUUGGCUUUGGGAAGUUUAAAGAGGACACCCUGAAGGACCUGUACGAGUCCUCUGAUAAGGACCGCCAAGGUGGCUUCGAGGGAGGACACUGCACCCUGGGACUGCAAUGGACGCCGCCAGGAAGUACAUCCUGGGCCGAGACGCGAAGCGGUCGGCAGAGGCGGCAGCUGCGGCUGCUACCCCCCUCCACCCACCAGCAGCCGCAGCAUCAGCAGCAGCGCCCCCACCACCACCAGCAGUGGCCCCAGCAAGGCCGCUGCUUCCACCGCGCUGUAGCCACACAAGCCGAUCGCCUCCAAGAUCGCCGCCGGCGUCCCAUGGGCCCAGGUGAGCUGCAGGCCAAGGUCAGGAAGCUGAUGACCACACCUGCACAGCCUGCAGUUCGAGCGGUGUCUACAUCCUUCAGAGACCAGCGCCCCUCGGUUCCGCCGCCGCCCCACGCCACAGAGGUGACGGACGAGGAACUGGUCCAGAUGGCCACUGACAUAGAAACAGCUGACGUACAGGUCCUUCAGACUCUCCCGCUCCCGCUGGUGGUGACGCCUCCAUCUCCACCUCCUCCGGCACCGUCGGAGGAGGUGGAGAUGGAAGAGGAAGGAGAGGAAUGUGGAGCAGCCCGCAGCUCCCACUCCUGUUUCGGCCCGCCCCGGCCGAGUUAUACUCAGCCACCCGCCUCACCAGCUGCCUUCUUCGCAUGUCGGCUGUUCCUCUGGACGCCCCCUGCGUCUGAGGACUACAGAGGACCAGAUGACCAGCCGGGGUACCUGGCCGUGGUCCAGUUGGCCACGGCCUUGGUGGGGUUGCGUUUCGAACCGGCCUUGUCCGAGGGGAGGGUAGAUGAGCUAAUCAGGCUCUACGAGGCCCUGUCAAAAUUCGACAGGGACCGAGUAGUUUACCCUCCCCGCUACAGGGACAGGCCAGCUCGGGGGCGCUUCAAGGCAGCGAAGCCUAGCCGCACCAGUAUACCUGGUGUGGAGAACAUGAGACGCUGCCUGGUCGGACAGACCUCUGGACCUGCCAGCAGUCCCAGUGCAAGCCGGCUGGUAGAGGCAGUGUGCAUCCAGCUCUGCCGCGUGUGCCCCUCAGCCAGCCCCACACGUCCUCCCUUUGCCGCUGGCCGCCGCACGUCACGCCGGCCCUCAGCUGCCUGCACUGCAGCUGCUGCCAGGACACCUCUCUCUACGUACAAAACUGAAUGGCUGAGGAGGAAGAAGGCCGAGCAGAGGGCAGCGGCACCGCCAGGAACAGGUGUCUCUGCCCGGGCCGGCGUGCCACAAGUACAGAAGUGCAGGAAGUGCGGCCAGCCAAAGCGGAGGGAGACCGGACACACCCGUUACGGCAGUGGACAUUUUUGCUCUGCUGCGGCGGGUAAGAGUGUGGAGGACUGGCUGAGGGAGAUGAAGGAGAGGGACCAGGGUCGAGACCUGGACUGA